AUGGCCAGACUUCGCUACCUGCUGUACGCCCUGGCUGGGUUCUUGACUCCCGGAGUUUUUCAGCAUGUCACUGCUGAAUCAAUCCAAUGCAGCGCAGACAUGACAUCAACUGCCAACGCCCUUAACGGAUCUUCGUCCUUCACUAAGCCCCGCGUUUUCAUCCUGUCAGACAUCUUGAACGAACCAGAUGACUCAAUGUCACUGGUUCGUCUGCUCGUAUACUCGAAUGUACUCGACAUACGCGGUCUUUGCGCCACCACCUCGAACUUUUUGAGAAAUGCCACUCAUCCGGAGGAGAUGGAGAGGAUUGUUCAGGCAUAUGGAACCGUCGUCGGCAAUCUCAACCGACACGUCUCUGAAGAAUUCCAGUUCAGCUCCUCCGACAAAUUGCUGUCUCUUGUGACUUCUGGGCCAAAGGUUUACGGAAUUGAAGCUUUGAAUACUUCUCUCAGCGAAGGGGCUCAGCGACUGAUAGACAGCCUUGAAGAGUCCGAGGAGCCUUUGCAUGUGAGCAUCUGGGGAGGAGCAAACACCCUGGCUCAAGCCCUCCAACACAUUCAUUCAGAAAGCACGUCCAGCCACGCAGCUUCUCUGCGGUCCCGGUUACGGGUAUACGCCAUUUCUGAUCAAGACACAACCGGCACAUGGAUACAAACUCAGUGGCCGGACAUCUUUUACGUCUCCAGUAUGCACGGUUUUACUGAGUUCGGGUCCGCGACUUGGCUAGGAAUGCAUUUCGACGACAACGGAGUCGCCAACGUCACCAAGACCAGAGACACAUGGGUUACCCCAAACAUCCGCGUAGGUGCCCUCGGCGCCGUCUACCCGAAGAUUGAGUUCGGUCUUGAGGGAGAUACUCCAAGCUUUCUAUGGUUGAUCCCCAAUGGUCUGUCUGAUACAGAGUGGCCCGGCUUAGGAAGCUGGGGAGGUCGAUACACUCGCGUCGUCAACCUAGACGGCUUUAACUGGUACGCGAAUGCGGCCGAUGCUGUAGCACUUCCCGACGGAGGGCAGUAUUCGAGUGUCCAGGCAACUGUCUGGCGCUGGAGAGAUGCCUAUCAAGAUGAUUUCGCUGCUAGGAUGCAGUGGACGUUGGAUCGGAACGUCAGCGAAGUCUCCCACCCACCUUUGCUGAACGUGAACGGGUCUUCGGGCCCUGCUUCCCUGCAAUUCCAACUUGGGGUCAACCAGUCAAUCAUACUGGACGCGGGAAAGACUUGCGACGCCGAUCAUCCCGAAGAUCUAAGUCAGCUUGACUUCGAGUGGUUCGCAUACCCUGCUCCAGCGGGAUACAAUGUUGCACAGCCUCUUUCUAUCCGAGCUCUUGCGCCUCCCCCUGGAACGAAUGGGACUCUUGCUCUCCAAGAGGCCGGAUUUACGAACGUCACACUCGGUUCUAGAGUCGAAGUCUCACUCACAGACCAAGUCAGUGCUUUGGUGGAUGGUCAGGAUUUGUCUCUCAUUUUGCAAGUUCGCACGACAAGAGGGCCUUACCCCAUUCGCCGUUACAAGAGAAUCGUCAUCAAAGUAGCACCGUAA